GCGUCGACCUGUCACUCCUCCUGCUCACGUGCUCUCUUCUCCUUUCAUCAGACAGGCAGCUUUGCCAAAAUGACUGGCGUCGCCACCGACUUCUCGCCCCUGCUUCAGGCGACAACGUCGAUGGCCCAGAGUGCCCAACAUACACAUACGCUCAUCCACGCAAACAUGGAAGCUCAGCGUCAGGGUGCAGCCGUGCACCACGUCGAAAGCUGUCAGGAGUUCUUUCCCUUUGACGUCACGAUUUCCGCCACAGUCGCCGGCCCCCCUUCCAAAAUAAGAGCUGAAGCAGGUAGCACUGACCCAAGUGAUCCGUCGCUUUGCCUACUGCCCCAUCAGCUGGCGGGUGUGCGGUGGCUGCUGGCCCUGCACGCACUCGGCCUUCACGGCAUCCUCGCGGACGAAAUGGGGCUCGGCAAAACGAUCCAAAUCCUCGUCUUCUACGCGGCGCUGGCGAGGCGUGGCCUUCUGGGCACCUACCUCAUCGUCGCCCCCCUCUCCACUCUCGACAACUGGGAGAGGGAGCUGCACCGAUGGCUGCCGUGGAUGCACGUGACACUCUUCCACGGCUCGCACGACGAGCGAGCGCGUCUGCGGUCGCGGCUGCGCCGACGGCACCGUCGUGCUUUCCAGCACCGCGACCGGCUACGCGCGCAGUGGGCGGCCGGCACGCCGGCGACUGUCCUGGCGAGGGAGGUGGGCGGGGUCGUGCUGGCGAGCUACGAGUCCGUCAUGGCCGACGGCGCUGCCCUCGCACGGCUGCUGCGGUGGGACGUGACCACGGUGGACGAGGCACAGCGCCUGAAGAACGUGGAGUGUAAGCUGCUGCGUGCCCUGCGCAAGGCAGACAGCCCCAUGCGGCUGAUUCUAACUGGAACGCCUCUGCAGAACAAUCUGGAGGAGCUGUGGACGUUGUUGGAGUAUGUGGCGCCGCAGCUGUUUUGUCACAGUGACAUGUCGCAGCGAGAGGCACGCGAGGCCAUCGCGGCCCUUUCCGACGGCUGUCACGCGUCGGAGGAUGAGACGACGAGGUCGUUGUUUUCUUCCCCUGCACCGCCGGACAGCGAUGACUGUUUCCAGCCGGUCCCGCGCGGUUCUACGGUGGACGCUCGUGCAUCCAACGCGGCAUCUUCACACGGGACAGACGCCGCGGCUCAUCAGUUGCUUCUUCACUUGAGGAGCGCCCUGCAGCCGUUUCUGCUCCGUCGCACCAAAGCCUCCGCGGGCAUUCGUCUCCCACCGAAGUACGACCUGUACCUCCCCACCCCCCUCACCGAAGCCCAGCAGGUAUUCUACAAUCGGGUGAGGGAGCAGGAAAGGUACGCGACAGGCCGUCUGACGCACCUGCGGAAGUGCUGCCUUCACCCUUUCCUGUUUCCUGAGUUUGCUGAGGAAGUCGCCCCCGGCGUAUCCUCCGACACAGCCACCGGGGCCGGACGCACCGCGGCGGCGCGGCUUGACGCUUUGAUCAGCCACUCGGGUAAGCUGCAGGUGCUCGACGCGAUGCUGCCGCUGCUGCGCCGAGGUGGCCAUCGUGUGCUGCUCUUCUCGCAGAUGACGAGAGCACUUGACUUGGUGGAGGAGUACCUGUGCUUAAAAAACAAGGUAAUUGAAGGUGAGUGCUCAGCCGCGUGCGCACAUGACGAGGCGAGCGCCGAUGAGGCAUCCGGGUCCACCUCGGAGCCCUGCAUGAGUGCCCUGCAGUCCCGCCUUUUGCUCUACACCCGGCUCGACGGCGCCUCCACCACGGAGGAACGCGGCGAGGCUAUUCGUCUCUUUCAAGGCGGGCGUGCAACGCAGCUCGGCGCGGAGACCGAUCUGACGAGCGCACUUUGCAGCCGUGCGUAUAGAGUGGGAGGCUCAACGGUAGCUGCUGAGGCACGCCGGCACCACGCGGCGGCGCUGCAGACAAGUGCACGAAAGCGACAACGCACGUGCGAUGCGCGCAGCUUUCUGUGUGGUGUUGCGGCCGACGACGCCAUUUUCGAACAUGCGUUUUCAAGCGCGUCGUCCGCCGUGGUGUCGCCGUCGCGUGGCCAGGAAUAUCCGCGUGGUAUUCUACCCGACCAGUCUCUCAAUGAAAUUGCCGCCAACAAUCCUUUGAAAUCCGAAGGAUGCGUAAAGCGAUGCUACGCCAAUCUCGUGCAGCGACCUAACACAAACGAAAUGCCUCCCUCCUACGAUAACGGAUGUGGACGGUCACCCCACAUCUCCCCCUCAUCUCCAGCAACAAAGCCUACAACACCACACAGCGCCACAGUUGCGGAGCAGAGCGCACCACCACCAGGGCCCGUCUCACCCCCAUCGUCGCCAGAGCUGUUUCUCUUCCUCAUCAGCACUCGCGCAGGCGGGUCCGGCCUAAAUCUCGCGGCCGCGGACACCGUCAUCCUUCUCGACGGGGACUUCAACCCCCACAACGAUUUGCAGGCAGUGGACCGGUGUCACCGCAUUGGGCAGACGCGACCAGUGGCGGUGUACCGACUGGUGAGCCCGCACACCGUAGAGGCAGAGCGGCACCUGUGCAUUGCCGCGAAGAAGAUGAACCUGGAUCGUUUGGUGCUGGAAGGACGCGGUGGGCAGGGGGGGCAGCUGAGCGGACAGCCGGUGGAUGCAAGGGAGCUCUUGUCGUGUGCAGGGACGGCCUCGUCGGGAAUCGCAUCGCGGGAGCUGCAGCUGCUUCUCGACCGCGCGUGGCUGCGGAUGAACUUCCCUGUAGCGUAG